UCUCAGCUGAUGCGCGUAUCAACCGACCGACUCCAUCAUCAGCAUCCGACGCUGACAGCGGUCGAAGACGCAGCAGCAUCCCCCAACCCACCCCACCCCCCGAUACAUCACCGACCCGCGGGGGAACAUCGGGGGCAGGGUGAUCCACGACGUUACCGCCGCGUGACAUGACCGUUUUACCGAAGCUGCCAUCUUACGAAGAAGAACCGCCGCGCUGCAGAACAGUGAGUAGCCCUUCGACGAUGGACCGCCGGGAUGCUACAAUCGUGUGUGUGCCCCCACUACCUGCAUUAGGUUGUGAUGACCCACACUACUUCCAAAUGUUUCUGUGACCCUCCUCAAUCCUGACUCCUAACCUCUAAUCCCUGACCUUUGACCCCACUAUGGGCAGUGUUGGCAGUGGGGUGGCAGGAGAGCAGGAAUUUGCCAUGAAGUCUGUGGGCACAAGGACCACCCUUCCCCGGGCCCCUCCUCUCUCUCGCCGUUGCCCUGCUGACCGCAGCUGCAGCGCAGAACGCCUACCCCGCCCCCCAGCGACUAUAUCAGAUGGGACGGCUUCUAGUGAUGAACGAGGGAGUGUUAGUAUCGGGACUGGGACCUGUACAGGGACUGACCGGCCCACCGAAACAGCCUCCUCCACCAACACUGAAUGUACAAUGGCAGCUCCGUCCAACAACAACCAGUUGGAGUGCGGUAAUGGAUCAGGCAGGAGAGAGAGGGAGUGGGAGAGGGAGAGGGAGAGGCAGCGCGAGAGGGGGAGAGACAGGGACCGGGACCGAGACUGGGACCGGGAGAGGUUAGAGAGAGAGCGAGAGAGGGAGAGGAACCGGGAGAGGGAGCGAGAACGAGUGGAGAGGGAGAGGCUGGAGCGAGAGAGGGAGCGGGAGAGGGAGAGGGCCCGAGAGAGGGAACGAGAGAGAAUUGAGCGGGAGAAGAUAGAAAGGGAGCGGGAGCGAGAGAGGGAGAGGGAACGGGAACGGGAACGGGAGAGGCUGGAGAACGAGAGGUCGGAGAGAGAAAGAGAGAGGGAAAUGCAGGCUGCAGGUCUAGAUGCUUGUGGGAACAUUGUGGGCCGGGGACCAAAUGAGAAGAGCAGCGUUGGCAUGACCCAACACCAUCACAGAGAGAUGGCAGCCGCCAGAGCCGACAGCGAGAACCACCCAGCCAGCCACAACCCUCCAAACCACAACCCACCCAAGAUACUGCCUGUGUCAGGAAAACUGGAGCAGGCGAUGCAGAAGAACUCAGGCCUUGUCCGUCCCUCUGCCUUCAAGCCUGUGGUUCCCAAGAGCUUCCACUCCAUGCAGAACCUGGUGGGCCAGGCCGGAGGCGCUGGGGGCGAGGGCAAGACUGAGGCGAGGGGCGAAGGUUUCAGUGAGAGCAGAGGAGGCAGGAGAGGCAGGGACGGAGGAGGAGAAUCAGGGGAGGUCCCAGAGGCCCUGCUCCUGGACCAGGACAGCCCAGUGAGGGUCAGCAGAAGUGAGGGCGUGGGAAACGGUAAUGAAGUGGUUCAGGGAGGGAUGUCCGAUUCAGGUAGAAACUCCCUGACCAGCCUACCCACCUACACGGGCUCGGGGUCUGGUUGCGGGCCCCCAGCCGUCCUGGGGCCUCUCAGUGCUUCCACCAGCCACAUCAAUAGGUUGGGCAUGGCUGGUGCGGCCGCAGGCCUGGACAAGCUGGAGAAACCUGGCUAUCAGAACGGGCUCAGCACCUCGGACAGUGGCCGGUCCUCCUCGGGCAAGAGCUCCUCAUCCUAUCAGAGGCUGAGCCACCUGAGCGAUGCCCCAGCUCCUCUACGCCCGUCCCCGUCCUCUGAUGACAUCAUCCAGGACCUCGAGGACCGUUUGUGGGAGAAAGAGCAAGAGGUGCAGCAUAUGCGCAGGAACCUGGACCAAAGUGAGGCAGCGAUCAUUCAGGUGUUUGAGGAGAAGCAACGUGUCUGGGAGCGACAGAUGGAUGAGUUGCGACAGAACUAUGCUUCACGUCUGCAACAGGUUACGCGACGUGCUCACCGCUCCCAGACGGCCUUGCAGGCCCAGAUCACCCGUCUGUCCCAGGACAAGAGGAGGCUUCAGGAGGAGAUGGCAGCUCUGUUGGCCCAGAGAGAGGAGCUGGAGAGGAAGUGUCUGGACUACAGGAAGGAGCAGGCGGACAUCUUACCUCGCCUGGAGGAGACUAAGUGGGAGGUGUGUCAGAAGGCAGGGGAGAUCUCACUGCUGAAACAGCAGCUGAGGGAGAGUCAGGCUGAGGUGACCCAGCGAGCUGGGGAGAUGGUGGCCCUGAGGGGGCAGCUGAAGGAGCUCAAUGCCCAGCUUAGGGAGCGGGAGGAGGCCAUGCUGGGACUGAAGGACUCCUACAGCACCAAGAGCCAGGAGCUGGAGAAGUGUGAGGUAGAGCUGAGGAGGACACUGUCAGAGGUGUCCCUCCUCAGAGAAAAGCUGGGUGUAUUUGAGGCAGAGGUGCUUAGUUUAAAGCGGGCUCUGAGUGAAGUGAGCAGAGGAGCAGAAGUUGUUGUGAGCCCUAACCUUGCUGCUGCAGGACUUUUGCCACCAUGGGGAGUCGUCCACUGCCCACGUAACCCCGCUGAGCCCUCGACCAACUCUCUCACCCCGACCUCGGACACCCUGCUGAGUCUUCAGAGUGAUGAAGCCAAAGCCCAAAGGCAGGAGGCUCAGAGACAGGAAAGGCAGCAACGUGAAGAAGCUCAAUGGCGCGAUGCGCAGCAGCGGCAAGAUGCCCACAUGCAGCAGGACAUUCAAAUGCGUCAGGAUGGCCAAAUUCGUCCCGAGGCCCAACUUCGUCAGGAGGCCCACCUCCGCCAUGAAGCCCAAAUUCGACAAGAGGCACAUCUACGGCAAGAAGUGCAGCUGCGUCAGGAGGCUCAGCUCCGUCAGGAGGUCCAGCUGCGUCAGGAGGCCCAGCUUCGCCAUGAGGCCCAAAUGCGCCAGGACGCCCAGCUACGUCAUGAGGCCCAACUCUGCCAGGAGGUGCAACUGCGUCAGGAUGCCCACCAGACACAGCGGGGCCAGGAGGGUCACUGGGAUGAAGCAGGGGAGCUGCGCAGGCAGCUGGAGCAGCUGCAGGCCGCGUUGCGCCUGGAGCGGCAGCAACGGGAACGGCAGGCCCUCAACUUUGACCAGGAGCGGCACACUUGGCAGGACGAGAAGGAGCGGGUUUUGAAAUACCAGGCUCAGCUGCAGCUCAGCUAUGUGGAGACGCUGCAGAAGAACCAAGCGUUGGAAAAACGCAUGAGCCAGUUUGGUGCCAAACCAACCACAACCUCCUCCACCACCACUAGUACAAUUACCACCACCACCUCCCCCACCUCCUCAAAUUCUCCACCUCCACCACCAAUCAUCUUACCUCUGUCCCCUCAGCCCACACCCACUAUUUCUGCCCCCAUUGCCCUCACCCUCUCCCCACCUUGUGAAGACCAGAAGGGCCCUCCCUCUCUCCACCAGCUUGCCCCUCCCUGGGCAGGACCCUCACGCCUGGAGAGGAUAGAGUCCACUGAGAUAUAGAGACAGCUCUAUGAAAUGGUUACAAAUUACUCAGUUCGACAGACACAGCGACAAGGCCUCUCCCACAAAACCACUGCAGCAUACAGUAGAAAAUAAUUUCAGUCUACAAUCGAAUAAAUCAGUUCAGUCUGACAUACUUUUCCAUGUGACAACAACAACAACAACAAGACUGACUGUAAAAUCCAGCAUUAUCUGCAACAAGCAGAUCGUCUGAGCAGGAAAUUGAAUUACAUUCAAUCUGUCACAGAUUUUUUCAAAUUCCAAAGCAGCCUUUUUCGCACUAGUUGCACACAAUUCCAUCCUGCAUAAACAGUGUCCAUGAAAAGUGUGCCAUACUGAUGGAUGGCAGAAAUAAAACAUCUCAAAUGACAAUGUUAAACAGCACUGAUACAGGGGUCAUCUAGUGCCCAAUGCUAGAAAAAGGACCAAGACAAUCAGGGAUAUUGUCAGAAAUGAUCAACAAGAAUAUAACGCGCUAUUUAUUCAUUGUAAGUCUGUGUCACUGGUAAUGUAUAAGUAGAAUUAGUGGUCAGAGUGUGUGAUGUUAACUUGCAUUUUUGGCCAGAGAGCGCCUUACUCCAUUCUGUCCAGCAUGUAUAAGAGAAUGAAUAACGCUGGGAAUAGAUGAAAAGAAAAAAAUCAAGAAUAUGAUUAUUAUUUUCAGUGCUUUAAUAAUGAUAUCAGCAAACCAGUUACACAUCAUUACACAUGGACUAUCUCGUUUACAUCCCAGCAGACGUUGACAUUUAGGGUCACACAGACUGAUUCUUGAUUCAUUCUGAAGUCGUUUUCAUGCACUGGGUCCGACAUGCAUGACCCAAUUCAAACACAUCAUUGAGACCAACAGAGUUUAUAUUUUGUACAAAUUGAAUUAAAUGGAUAUGUUUAGCAGAUAAUCAACCCCCAGAGAGCCGUGGUUCGCCUUCACUGCAGGUCGCCUGCUGUGACUAGAAACGAACGCUGGAGGUCACUAGAGAGCCUUUGCAGCGCUCCCAACUCCAUUGAACUGCUGAGGUGAAUGUGAAUGGAAGCACACGAUUUGAAUUUUACUAUUAUGAUAAUUGUGUCGUUCACUUUGUGCAUUCGCCGCCAAGAAGUCGGAGAAAGCGCUCGGUAUCCCCAAAGUAAAAAAAAAAAAAAAACAUUUUAUAGAAUGUAUGAUAUACUAGAAAGAAAUAAUUAUAAUAGGUAUAGAUUGUAAAUGUGUGUAUGAGAGAGAGAGAGUGUGCGCAAGCAGGUGUGUGCAUGUGUGUUUACAUAUGAAAAGCUUCAGCGUAUGAGAUUGAGGACAGAGGGACUGGUGGCAAUACAGCAAGUGGAGGUAAAUUAAGAGCUAAGGGAUUUUCUUUUAUCUACAGGAAAAUGUACAUCAACGCUUGACAUGAGAGCAGCGACACUGAAAUUUCAAACUGAGCGUGCUGUAUAUCCUGGAAAACUCAACUUUCUUCUGUAUAGUUCAUUUUAGAGCAGGUGAGAAGGAAGUUAUUUUAAAAAAAAAUCUGAAAAGUGGGGCGUCUGCCUUUUAAAGGGAGCAUUCAGGCUAACUGCACUAUGUAGUGUCCGACACACAAUUAAUGAUGUACGGUAGACUCAGAUUUGAAUAUCAUGGCUUUUAUAUGUGUUGUUUAUGCCAGCAUACAAAGAUGUUGCUCAAGAAUAUUAACUUAUCUCUAAGGUAUUACAUAGUAUUAUCAUCUUUAUUACUGUUAUUAUAUUAUGGUGAUCUGACAGAGAAAAAUAUGUGCCAUUUGAGCUUUCCUUUGAGUGUUUUUUUAACUGUGUAGAUAGCCUAUUGGCCUACCAUGAUGGUGCAAUGAUAGCAACCCUGUCCAAAAUAAAUGAUGUUCCUUUUGAUGUAGGUGAUAAAUGUAGUUACAGUAAUGCAUUGUUGAAAGAACAAAAUGCUACAGAUUUUAUACAUAUUUCAAUUUUAUUGUUUGCAUUUAUGUUAGUUGUACUGUUCUGGCUUGAUUAAAACCACCCCUUUGUUAAAAUUCAGCAGAAAUAAUAAAGAUAUGUGAAUAAUUCA